UUGAUUGAGCCGCAAAGGCAGGAAUUGGCCAUGCGGCGGAGAGAAAGCAGCGUGGGCGGGAUGGAUGUGGGGGCAGCGCAGUUUCAAGAAAUGUUGCCUCGGUUAGAGGAGCUUGUCCUGGGCUGCGACUUUGUUGGCCUUGAUAUGGAAUUCACAGGUUUGCAUUCUGACAAUCAGCCUAGUCUCUUUGAUUUACCUGCUGAGUGGUAUCGGAAAGGCAGACAGAGUGUUCAGCGAUUUACAGUGAAUCAACUUGGUUUGUCCAUAUUUUACAAGGGGAUGUCAAAUGAGUAUAUUGCACAUUCGUAUAACUUCUUCCUGUUCCCUGCCACAUUUGGCCAAAUGGAUUCCGAGUUCUCCUGCCGAACAUCUAGUAUUCAAUUCCUGUCUCAUUAUGACUUUGACUAUAAUAAGUUUCUUAAAGAUGGAAUCCCUUAUAUGAAUGAAACACAAGAGAAGAAACUUCAGCAUCUGUUAUCUGGUAAUUGGAUGGUCCAAAGUUUUGAUAGAGACAAGGUGAAAAAAGUGAUUGAUCAAGUAACUUGCUGGAUAUCCUCAGCAGAAGAGGAAGAUUCUAUGGUUCUGCAUGAUAUAUAUGGCUUUCAAGUAAUUGAACUACAGCUCAUUCUAAGAAAAGCUUUUCCAGAUAUUUGGACUAUUCCUUUGGAAGAUGAAAAACCGCUGGUGGGACACAAUAUGCUGAUGGAUCUUCUGUAUCUACACGAGAAAUUUUACAAGCCCCUUCCUGAAAAUUAUGAAGAAUUCAAAGAUAACAUUCACUUCCUGUUUCCGGUUCUUUUGGAUACAAAGAACAUUGCCAAAGCCAUGUGGAAGGAAUUCCAGUUUCGUCAAGUUUCUUAUCUUUUCGAAUUGUAUGAAACACUGUGCAGCAUUGUGAAUCCAACAGACCAGCUUUGUCCAGAGAUCUUUCACUCAGAUGAUUCCCUCAGAUACGCUAUAAAUAAGUGUCCUCAUGAGGCCGCCUAUGAUGCAUUCCUCUGUGGAGCAGUUCUUCUUAAAAUAGCUCACUUGCUCCUUUGCAGAAAAACUGGUCAUCAAACAGCAGCACCAACUUUUUCUCAGUACCUUGAUGUAUUAGCUGCAUAUGUGAAUCAAGUGAACUUGAUUCGAGGCGCAAUUCAGAAAAUUAAUUUUUCUGGUGCAGAUGACCUAACAACACGUCCACCCCUCCUACUAGCCACUGUGAAGGGGUGGCGUGGGGCAACUGAAGAGCAGAUUCAUCAAGAGUUGAGGUCUUUCUGCAGGUUUGAUGUCCGUCGGCUAAGAAAGAACCAGUUUCUCCUGCUCUCCAAUCAUUUAAAAGACAUCAGGAUAGUUAUGAAAGUAUAUAAAGCCCAUCCCAACCUGCAGAUUUCCGUGUAUCACCAUUGGAAGCAUUCUCCACGAGUGACUAGCUUCCUACGAAUAUGUGGCAUUGUGGCUUCUUGGUCUCUGCUGGCUUUCUUGUUUGGAGGCUCUUAUAGUUGUCGUGUGUAACAGCUCAUCCACUAGAAAUGCUUGGUUUCUUUUUCCCACAAUGUAAGCUAUACAAUAAUAGAUUAAAAACACAUUGCAAUGA